AUGCUUCUUUCUUCCCGCAUUGUCACGGCUUUGUUGGCAGCCAUGCCCUUGGCUGCCGCCUUGCCGCAGCAGCCUGGCGGCGAUUAUUGCGGGACAACGGCCAGCGAGGACGCUCUCGAAGUCCACGCCAAGAUGCUCGCCGAAGAAGCGUCCAUCAUGGAAAAGCUUGAAACCGGUAAAGCCAACUUUAUGGAAGCCGCUGGUCUCGAGGCUAGGGCUUCGGGCAACGCAGCUGGUGCGGCCGCCAUGAACUUCAAUACCUACGUUCACAUCAUUCAAAGUGCUUCCGGUACCUCGGCUUCUAGUGGAUAUAUCUCGAAGCAGAAGAUCGAUGCGCAGAUCAGAGUCCUCAAUCAAGAGUACGCCCUCGCCAACGUUAGCUUCACCCAUGUCAACACCUCGUACGUUGUGAACAGCAAGUGGGCCAACGCCCAGUACCCCGGCGACAACAUUGAGAGUGAGAUGAAGAGCCGACUACACAUUGGCGGCCGUCUUGAUCUCAAUCUCUACUAUAUCCCCAGCUGGGACGGCAGCGGCGUCUGCCGUUUCCCCAACUGGAUCGGCCCCGACGACGAGAAUCUUGCCAUUGACGGCUGCAUGUCGGCGAGCAACUCGUUUCCAGACGGGUCAAGCAGCCGCCGAGGGUUCUUGACCGUCCAUGAGGUCGGCCACUGGAUGGGACUCUUGCAUACUUUCCAGGGCGGCUGUAAUGAGAGAGGUGGUGAUUACGUGGCCGACACUCCGGCUGAGGAAGGGCCCAAUUGGUCGAGCGCCGGGUGCCCAGCCGACCUCGAUACGUGCCCGGGACUGCCCGGACUUGAUCCUAUCGAGAAUCACAUGGAUUAUUCUCACGAAUCUUGCAAGACUGGUUUCACUGCUGGCCAGGCCAAGAGACUGCGUGAAAUGGUUCUGGCGUAUCGCUAUGCGAGGAAUUAG